AUGGAUGUUGACGGCGACUCCGAGUGGGAAUGGGACAAGAUGUGGAGGAAGCAGCGAGAAGAGGAACGGCGGAAACAACGGGCAGCCGAACGGGCAAGCAUCAAUUGGAGAAGGCACAGCGCGGGUGGCGUAGCCGGAGAUUUUUCGGACGAGUGGAAAACGUUAGUAUCGCAGGAGGAACAAGAAGGAGCAGCAGUGGAGGAGGAUGCGUCGUGCCACCAGUUUCCGCUACUGAAGAGUAAAAGCGAGCGCAUCGAUAGCACGAGCAACGCUAACCGACCGGCCGUCUCUGGAAAAGGUCUCGCGAAGAGCAUGAGCGAGCGGAUGGAUCCGCCGUCGUCGGGCGGCGAGAGCGAGGAGUUCCAUUUUCACAACCUCAGACGCGCGCAGCGCAGCGCGUCCAUGAGUGCCGGCUUGUUCGCCAAUGGCUCGCCCAUGACAGGCUCAUCCAUGGCCGGCCUGUCGGGCGGCGCGUCGUACUUCCCCGCGUCCUGGUCCACCGGCACCUUCAAAGGCCCCCCUGCCGCCACGCUCCCCGCCACGUCAUCCUUGGGGACCGAGCCGCCGAAAUCGGAAACGCAUCCAUCGUUUGCCCCCUGGCGAAGGCGGAGCGAGAGCGUGGGGUCCAUGGACGUGGGGCCGACGACCCCAAGCUCUAUCUUCCUGCCUCGCAGCACCAGCGAUUGUUUCGACGUCGCGAACGCGUCGCAGUUGGGUAGAUCGGGAAUGUCGCCCGUCGCAGCAGCCGUCGCAGCAGUGGACGGCUACGGACCGAUCAAUCAGCGGUACGGGUCGAAUGUCGCCGACGUACCUCGCACCCGCGACGGCAGCGGCAGGCGAUUAGCCUCGGCGGAGUUACCGCAGCGUCCCGUGAGCGCAUCCGCGGAAUUUUCAGGGUCAGCAUCGAGAUUGUCGCGGGGUUCGCCACCUCAAGUCCAGCGGCCAGUCUCCCCGCCGUCUUUCACUCCCCCCAUUCCCGUCGCCGACCCCAUCUCACCCGAUACAGAAGAACCCGAUAUCAGCUUUCAGGCUCCGUACGCCGACGCGGCACCUGCCGUGGUUGACGCUGUUGGCGUGCAACGGCUAUCGCUGCAGGUGAACCGGCUAGAGGUCCACACGGACGCCAGCCGAGAUGGCAGUCCACGUGGCAGCUACUGCGGAAGCCCGGCUAGCAGCUGCGGCGCCAGUCCACGUGCCGGCUGGUCAGGCAGUCCGCGUGGCAGCUUCUUCGGCAGUCCACGUGGCGACAGCCACGGCGGCACGCAGCUGAACAGCGGGCAGAGCAGCCGGGAAACCAGCCCCAAGGACCUUCAGGAGAUUAACUCCUUCGAGACAAACCAUUUUCCUGCGGGGAGAUUAAGCAGCCGCGCGGGAAGCCACGCGAGCAGCGCGGCGCACAGCGUGUCGGGGAGUCUCGCGAGCAGCCCGAGGGGCGUCAGCUGCGGCUACAGUGCCCCCUGGGACAUGCCGGCCGCCGGCGAUAUCAUCCGCUCCCCCGUCGCGCCGGCCACGGCACAGGCGGCGCGCAGCAGCAGGCAGCCGACCAUUCAGGAGCUGCUAGACGCGCUUAAAGCCAUCAGCCCGGACGCCGCGCUCGAAAGCGCCGCCGCCGCUGUCGCCGCCGCGACUGCUGCGGCCGUCGCGUCGAUGCCGCCCGGCGUGUCGAUCCCCCUCCCAGCCCUUUCCCCGUCCUCGUUAUUAGCCCCUAUCGCGGUCCCAAGAGCGGGGGACGGCGAGGGGUUGGCUCGCAGGCUGAGCGGCGGGUUGGACGGCGCGAGCCGGCCGGGGUCGCCGCUAGCGCCUGUGCCGGAGGUGCCGCACGAUGACCCCGCGGUGGGUUGUAGCGGCGAGGGCGCGGACGACGGCGACAGCCCCUUGGGAUCGCCGGUUUUAGGGUUAGGCGGGCGCGCGUUUUCGGAGAACGGGAGGGGGACGGGCGGCGGGAGGGCGGAAGAGCUGCGGAAGAGCCGCAGCGUGAGCGGCGGGGAGCGCGGUGGGGCGGACGCUGUGAGCUUCCACGCGGCGCCUCCGCUGGUGCACGCGCGUGCCGCGGAGGCCGGACCCGCAGUGCCCGCGCCGCAGCAGCAUCGCGCGGGCGAGCCACAGGCGCCGUGUUCCGCGCUGAGCAGCGCGUUCAGCAGCCGCAGCACGUCCGCGGACGGCGGGUCCGAGGAGAACGACCCGCUGGGGGACCUUCCAGGCAGCUUCGUGAGCCGCCUGGGCGUCGGCAGUGCUGCAAGCGGACACUUUGGCGGGCAGGGAGCGCGGGGAGCGGGAACAGGGGCGGGCGCAGGGGCGAGCGGGGGGCCGGGGGGCUCUCCGCGGUCCGCGCGCGCGUUUUUUCCCCCGUCGUUCUCGCUGAGCCACUACCUUCAAGACGACGACGACGGGGAACCGCUGGAGGAGGAGGAGGGGGAGGAGGGGGAGGGGGAAGGGGAGGGGGAGGGGGAGGAUGGGGAAAUGGUGGGGGGCGGAGAGCGCGCAGCAGAGGGGGAAGGAGGGGGCGUUGAGGAGGCAAAGGGCGCGGGCGCGGAGGGCGCGAGCGCAAGGGGUCCGCACGUGUGGAAGGCGGGGCCUGGGCUAGGGGAGCGGCGGAGGAGCUUUGACGUGCGCGCGCUGCUGAAACCGGAGGAGGGGGAGGCGGAACAGAGGCGCGCGGGCGGGAGGAGCGGGCGUGGGGAGAGUUGGGCGGAAGUGGACUGGCUGGGGCUGGAGUUUGGCGCGUGCAGGGGGGAAGACCUGGGCGGAUUCACGUGGGAGGAAGCGGAGGCAGUGUGGGUGGUGGAGAGGGCAGGGGGGGAGAAGACGGGGGGAGGGGGGAGUGGCGGGGAACGGGCAAAGGGGGAAGGGGGGAUUGUGGGGGAGCAGACGAAAGGGGAGAAGGGGAGCGAUGGGAGGCAGGAGAAGGAGAGAGAUGGGGCUGGUGACUUGGGGAGGGAAGGAGGGGAAGCAGCGAAGGUGGGGUUGGUUGGCAGUAGAGUGGAGGUUGGGGAGGCAAGGGGGAGGGGAUCUGGGCAUAAGGGGAGUGGGGCAGGAGAGAGCCGCGGGGAGAGAGGGGAUAUUACACGAAAAGGUACGGCCAGGUGCGAGGGUGUGCAAAGCGGUGGCAGUGUAGAGAAGGAGAAGGAAGAGAAGGAGAAGGAGAAAAAGGAGGAGGAGAAGGAGAAGGAGGUGGUGGUGGGGGCGAGGGGCAGGCGGGCGCGCGCGCUGUUCCCCACGUGUGUGUCACUCAGCCACUACCUGAGCGACCCCUCCCACUCUGACGAUGAGCCGCUGGAGGAUGUGGCCGAGGAUGGGGGGGCGGAUGGAGGGGAGGAUGGAGGGGCGGAUGGGGGGGCGGAGGCGCAGCAGGGGGAGGAAGAGGGGAACAAAGGGAGAGUGGGCGAGUUGAGGGAUAGUGGGCGAGUGGGGAGUGCAAGUGGAGGGGCGGAUGGGUCGGGGUUGAGCCAGGGGGUGGGUGUGCUGCCUGCUCGUGCCCCUGGCCCUGCCAGCCUCCGUUUCUCGCCAUCCAAGCCGCCCCGCCCAUCCCCAUCUCCUCCCUCCCAUGCCGCCCCGCCUCCCCCCCUCGCUCCUCCUCCCACCACGCCCUCUCCGCCUGCCGCUGCGCUUCCAUCACCGCCCCCCCCGCCUCCACCGUCCUCGCCACCCCCGCCUGCUGCGGUUGCUGCACCCGAGUGGGCCUCUUCCGGGGAUUGUGUGGCCCACAUGGACGCGUUUCUCAGAAACUUCUUGGAUCUUUCAGCCACACCUUUCCUCUCACUCGCACUUCCUGCUGCCACCAUCGUGAGCUGUAACGACGCCACGUGUCGCACACUGGGAUGGCCACGUCAGCAGCUGCUCUCUCGCAAGCUGGCCUCUCUGCUCGUUCAGAAACAACCACAGCAGCAGGGGCAAGCCCGUGAGGACGAGCAACGGCAGGAGGAGGGUGGGGAGCAGGAAGCGGAUAUGGGACACAGGGAUAGGCCGAUGGGGGUGCGGCAGCAGGAGAACUCUUCCUUGAAUUUCUGGUUGGCUGCUAUCACGCGCACUGGGGUUGGGGAGGGUCCCCUUACACUCACUCUCACCAGGCCCAACGGGAUGGCUGCUGUGCGCGCCACUCUCUUUGCUGCCACCCUGCACCCCUGCUCUCCGCCCUCCCACCCCUCUCAACCAUUCCACUCUGCGGGAGCAGGCGGCAAUGGUGGUGGCGGUGCAGCAGCAGCAGCAGCAGCAGCAGCAGCAGCAGCAGCAGCAGCAGCAGCAGCAGCAGCAGCAGCAGCAGCAGCAGCAGCAGCAGCAGCAGCAGCAGCAGCAGCAGCAGCAGCAGCAGCAGCAGCAGCAGCAGCAGCAGCAGCAGCAGCAGCAGCAGCAGCAGCAGCAGCAGCAGCAGCAGCAGCAGGGGAGACCACAGUGGCCAUCAUGCUGCAGGUGCUGCCGUGA